AUGUACACGACUGGACACAAGCGUCCUCUUGGCUAUUUUGAAGAGGCUAGCUACUUCACAGCGCCUUCAAAUGACAACAACUCGUGGUACUAUCCAUCUCGAAGCCUUGAUAUGGAAGAGGAAGACGCGUCGACGAGCGCGACAUUAGGCAAUUGGGGGCGUAAGAUGAUGAAGGAUGCGAGAUGGGCACGUAAAGGGAAGCUUUCUGCAUGGGGACCUGGGAUAGAGGACUGGGAGGCAGAGGACCGUGCUCGAAAGCGUCUCAAACUCCUGUUGCCUUCCGAACGUUCCCCUCCACCGCCAAUCCUUCCCCAUCUCCGCUCACCUACUCCACCACUCACAGCACCUUAUCCCAUGCCUAAUCCACAACAUCUCAAUUACUCAUCAUUCGUCAUGAACGUGGCCGUCACGCAAUCUUUCCGCUCUCACCUACUGGAGGAUUUAGAGCGCGCAACGAAUGGCCUCAUCGAGGGUGAGGCAAAGAUGAAGCGCGCAUUCGGGCGGCUAUGGAAAGUUCUCAGUGAGGAUCCAGACCGGCCAAAAAACGGUGCCACUGUCGUGCCAAAGCGUGAGGACGAGGACGAGGACGCAGAUGCACAGAAUAGGAAUGCGGGGAGGGUCGCGCGCGCCCCGGACCUCGCCCCACCCACCCAUAAGCUCUUUAUUAUGAAUUAUCCCAAUGGUCCGCCUGUGUACGAGCCGUCUCACUUCGCGAUUCCACAAACGCAGUUGGACACUCUGACGAAGUCGCUCGCGACACUGCGGGAGUUGCAGGAUGAUGGAAGGGAAUACGUCGAACGAUUAGAGGAGAUAAGAGAGGGGCUGGGUGAUGUUCGUGCGCAGCGAGAUGCAGUCUGGAAGAUGGUGCGGACGAACGCAGUGAGAGAGUUGCAGAAUAUGGCGACGGAGUCUACCAUGUGA